AUGUAAAAUUAAGAUUAAGAAUAUCUACUCAAUCAUGUAAAUCCAAUUUUAGAAUAAUUGGCACUCUAUUUAGUUAAAGAAAAGCCUGAUAAUGUGGUAAUUCUUAUACAUUUAUAAAUUAAUUAGACCCAAGCAUCUAUUGAAUGGUUAAGCGUAACAGGAGGUAUUCUUAUUAUGAAUCAUUUUGAUAGCUCAAAUUGAAAAUGGAUUACAUCAUAACCAACAUUUUCAUAAUGACACUGUUGAAUCAUCUGAUGAUACAGAAUCUGAUGAAGAUGAUUAUGAAUUAUAUGCCAAUAAUCCCAUUAGACCAGAUAGAGCAAGUGUUAGUGCAGAAGUUUAUGGAAUUUAUAACAAAAAAACUAAUUUCAAACCUAAAAUUGUUGCAAAAUCUCACUUACAAAUUUAGAAAAUCAAAGAAAAAUUAGCUUAAUCAUUUAUGUUUUCAGAAUUAGAUGAACAUGAUUUGAGAAUCGUUAUUAAUGCUAUGGAAGUUAUCUAAUGUAAAAAGGGAGAUAUAAUAAUCAAAUAAGGAGAUGAUGGUGAUAAUUUAUAUAUUGUUGAUGAAGGAACAUUAGAUUGUUCAAGACUUAAAGCAGGCUAAGAUUCAAUUCAUCUUAAAACCUAUAAACCAGGUGAAUCAUUCGGUGAAUUAGCACUCUUAUAUAAUUCACCUAGAGCAGCUACAAUAGUUGCAGAAGAAAAUUGUGUCCUAUUCUCUUUAGAUAGAGGAACAUUCAAUCAUAUUGUUAAAGAUGCUGCCAUCAGAAAGAGAGAAAGAUAUGAAUACUUUUUAGCUCAUGUUGAAUUACUUUAAGAAUUAGAUCCAUACAGUAGAUCACAAAUUGCAGAUGCUCUAAAAAGCAAAAACUUUAAUAUUGGUGAUUAUAUUGUUAAAGAAGGAGAUGAAGGAGAUAUUUUUUAUUUCCUUGAAAAAGGUGAAGCAGUAGCUACCAAAGUCUUAAAUCAAAGUAACUAAUCAAAAAAUAUACUUUAGGUUAACCUGCUUAAGUAGUAUAUUUUUAUAAGGAAGGUGAUUAUUUUGGUGAAAUUGCCUUACUGAGAUAAGCUCCAAGAGCUGCCUCUGUUAUAGCAGAAGUAAUACUUAUUAAUAUUAAAAAAUAGACUCCAUGUACUGUUGUUUAUUUGGAUAGAGAUACAUUCAAGAGAUUAUUAGGACCUCUUGAAGAUAUACUCACUCGUAAUUUUAAAAAGUACGAAAAAUAUAUGAAUUGA